UCUUUAACUUCCCCCCUCCAAUAUCCCCUGAAUCUUCCUGAGGUCAUUUUGAUUUUUGAGAGCGAAGUCACCACUGUCUUCCUCAACCGCACUAACUGAGAAAAAAGAGCAAGAAAAGCCGCUAACAAUGGCGGAUGAAGUGCAAGAUAUCGACAAAACGAACGACAUGGAAUCUCAAAUUAAGUCCGCAAUUCUCUCACGCUCCUCUUACUUCCAGGAUCAAGCCGACUCGUUGACGUUCGAGAAAGUGAGAAGGUUACUGGAGAAGGACUUAGGGUUAGAGACUCACGCUUUAGAUGCGCAUAAACGAUUUGUUAAGCAGUGGCUUCAUACGUGCAUAGAAUCUGAGGCUUCUGAAGAUUUGUCCAAGAGCAAAGUUGAUGCUGGGGAAAAUGCCAUUUUAUCUACUGAAGAAGCAGAACCUGUAGAUGAACUUCAUGUGAAGGACGAAGCAGAGGAUCCUAACUCUGGAGAUGCAGAAGCAAUGGAAGAUUCUCCUGUAAUGGGUCUUAUGACAGGACCAAAGAAAGCCGAUGGAGCUGAAGACACUGAAAGUAAAGCUGUACCAAAUGAGAUAGCAAUAAAGAAAGCCAUUUGGGAUCGAGCAUCUUAUCUUAAAGAGAACUCUGAGAGCAUUACAUUGGCUGGACUACGUCGGCUCCUGGAGGAAGACCUUGAACUUGAAAAACGUACAUUGGAUCCUUUCAAGGAGUUUAUAAGUCAGCAAGUGGAUGAGGUAUUUGACUCACCUGAUAUUCCCGAACCAAUUGUGAGUGAGAAGAAGAAGAAUGUUAAAAAAAAUUCUUAUAAAAAAUCCUCUGCCAAAUCUAGCAAAGAGGAAACACAUGCUUCUUCAGAGAAUGAAAGUGAUGAGGUUGAAGAAGAGGAAGUGAAAGUUAGAAAGAGAAGUGCUUCAAAAAGCAAGCCACAGAAAGCAGAGGCAGUCAAAAAACGUAAAAAGACUGAAGAGGAAACAAAAGGAGCUAAAAGGAAACCAAGCAAGAUCGCAAAAUCUACAUCAGAGGGAAGUGGUGAAGAAGAUGGUGAUGAGGGUGAUAAUUCUGAUUCAUCUGCUGAAAAACAUGUGAAGAAGAAGGAGAUUCCUAAACCUUCAUAUGGAAAGCAAGUGGAGCGUUUAAAAUCGGUGAUCAAAUCUUGUGGCAUGAGUAUUUCACCGGCAAUUUACAAGAAAGUCAAACAGGCUCCUGAAAACAAACGUGAAGCCUGCUUGAUAAAGGAGCUUGAAGAGAUGCUUGCAAAGGAGGGAUUGUCCACUAAUCCUUCUGAAAAAGAGAUCAAGGAUGUAAAGAAAAGGAAGGAAAGAACAAAAGAACUUGAGGGCAUAGAUCUGAGCAAUAUCGUUUCAAGUUCUCGCCGACGGUCUACCGCCAGCUUUAUUCCUCCACCUAAGCCCACAAUACCAGAUUUGAGUGAAAGUGAGUCAGAAGAGAGUGAGAAUGAGGAUGACGAUGAGGAUGUUGAAGAGGAGGGGGACGAGGAAGUAGAGAAUGAGGAGGCUGAUGAAGAUCAAGAGAAUGGUGGUCAUAGCAGUCAAAAUGAGGAAUCUGACAAAGGUAAUAGUGAUAGUGAUUAAUUCUGCACAGGCUUCAUUUGAUGGGCCAACGCUCGGGAAUUCGAUAGGGAUAGCAUGAAGAUGUAUUUAUGUGCCAUUUAUCUUUUUUAUUUUAGUGUAGAGUAUUUUAUAGUUUAGGAAGAGCUUUUGUAUUUAGGUGUUGAAUUGGGGCAUAAAGUUAGGUUUCACAAAUCUGGUUUCAGAAGUUCAUAAGUAGGAAUCUGCCAGAGAAGAUAACUAGAACACCUCUGCACUCGGCAAUUUAGAUGAUGCUUUAAUUGUGGUGUGUAGUGAUUAUGACUGUUAUAUCUUUUUCAUUAUAGACCAUUUUUUCACAUAAAUUAAGCAUUUGGGACAA